UUUUAGGCUUCAUUACUCAAGUCUUUGGGAGGGUUUCUUACAUAUAUAGCUGCGCCAUAACUCAAAAAUGAAAAUGAGUUCACUUGUUUUAUCUGGAUUUCGUAUCCUCCUCGUCGUUCUUGCUAUCUCAGAAAUGAUUACCGUGAAAGGAAUAAAAUACUGUGAAAAGCCAGCUACGUAUUAUAGAGGAAAGUGCGUGGAUGAGAAAUGUCUUAACAAUUGUAAGACUUUUGAGAGUGCAGAAAAAGGACAUUGUACCACUGGUCAAGAGAAACUCGUUUGCAUUUGCGUAUACGACUGUGCCAAGAUGAAUCCUCCUCCCGGAGGCUGGCCACCACCCCCUCCUAAAGGCAAGACGCCCAUCAUAAUAUGAUGAUAAACCACGAAAAGUGUAAUGCAUGUUGCCUGAUCAUAAAUAAAGAUGAAAUGUUUACUGAUUAAUAUUAUAUUGAGCAUUUACCAAUAAAGUGUAAUUAAUGUAUGUUGCAUGUGUAACUUAUUCUAUGGUGUUUAGUUUCCAAUCUUAGAUAGCACAAACAUGAAAAUAUUUUCGUAUAUGGGUUCAUUUGUGCCA